AUGGUGUCUGACAAGGUUACAGACAACUAUGUGCAGCUAGCCAUACUACGCUUUCAUGGUCAUUAUGAUCAUUGGAGCAUGUUGAUGGAGAAUUUCCUAAGGUCUAAAGAAUACUGGUCUCUCCUGGAAACCGGUAUAGUAGAGCCGGAAAGUGGAGUGGUGUUGACGGAGCUACAACAAAAGAAAUUGGAUGAAUCCAAGCUAAAAGAUCUGAAGGCGAAAAAUUACUUAUUCCAAGCUAUUGAUCGUUCCAUUUUGGAGACCAUUCUCCAAAAAGAUACUUCCAAGCAAAUUUGGGAUUCCAUGAAGAAAAAGUACCAGGGCUCAACAAAGGUGAAGCGCUCAAUGCUGCAAGCACUGAGGAAAGAUUUUGAGACUCUUCAGAUGAAACAAGGAGAGUCUGUCAAUGAUUAUUUUUCAAAAGCAAUGGCAAUUGCAAACAAGAUGAGCAUACAUGGCGAGAAGAUGGAAGACGUGACCAUCGUAGAAAAGAUCCUACGAUCUAUGACUACAAAGUUUGAUUACGUUCAAGAGGUCGUGGUGGUCGUGGACGAGGACGUGGUAGAGGCGGCAGCCAUGGAAGAGGUCGAGGUAGCAGAGAUGGGAACAAAUCCAAUGAUGAUUCCGGCAACAAAGACACUCAUGAUUCCGGCAGUAGCAGCAGAGGCUAUUAUAAUUCUGGAGGCAACAGCAGCAGAGGCCGAAGCAAAGGGUGCAAGGGCGAAUUUUGCAGAGAAAGAGAAAAAAGAUGACGAGGCUAUUCUAAUGGUGUGUCAAACCAUGGAAAAACCACAAAAGAAUGUGUGGUACUUGGAUACAAGUUGCAGUAAUCACAUGUUUGGAGAAAAGUCAAUUUUCUCUACCUUAGAUGAAAGUUUCACAACUACAGUGAGAUUUGGAGAUGACAGCAAAGUUUCUGUUUUGGGAAAAGGAGAUAUCAAAAUUUGGGCUAAAGAUAAUAGUGUCCAUACUAUCUCUAGUGUUUUAUUUGUUCCGAGUUUGAAGAGAAAUUUGUUGAGCUUGGGACAACUGCAUGAAAAGGGAUAUGAGAUCAAGAUUACAGGAGGAGCUUGUCAAAUUCAUGACCAAAAGAUGGGCUUAAUUGCUAAGGCUUACAUGACGACAAAUCGAAUGUUUCCAUUACAUAUUCAAAGUGAUGGUCCUAAAUGUUUCUAUGCCAGGGUCAAUGAUUUAGCAUGGCUGUGGCAUUUACGCUAUGGUCAUCUGAAUUUUAGAGGUUUUAAGAUGCUACAUGAUAAAGAGAUGGUGACUGGCCUUCCUCAGAUAACCUGUCCAACUGAAGAGAAAUCAGAAGCCUUAAAUGCAUUCAAACACUUUAAGGCAGCUGCUGAGAAUGAGAUAGAGAAGACGAUCAAGGUUAUUCGAACUGAUCGUGGUGGAGAAUACAAUUCAAAAGCCUUUGAAAAUUUUUGUGCUAUACAUGGCGUUCGCCGACAGCUUACGACAGCUUAUACACCACAGCAGAACGGUGUGGCAGAGAGGAAGAAUCGUACCAUUUUAAAUAUGCCGGAAGCUGUAAACUGGGGCAUUCACAUACUGAACAGAAGUCCAACUUUUGCUGUUCGUGAUUUGACACCUGAAGAGGCAUGGAGCGGCCGUAAACCAGCAGUUGGUUACUUCAAAGUUUUUGGAUGCAUUGCAUAUGCACGUAUUCCAGACGAGAAAAGGAAGAAGCUUGAUGACAAAGGUGAAAAAUGUGUCUUUCUUGGCAUAAGUGAAAUUUCCAAGGCGUAUAAGUUAUUCAAUCCUGCAUCCAAAAAGAUUAUUAUUAGCCGAGAUGUUGUAUUUGAUGAAGAGAAGACAUGGAAUUGGAGUGAUGAUGUUUCUCUGCAGCAGCAGAACAUUCUAGUCAAUUUUGAUGACAGCGUGGAACAGCAGCAGCCACAACAAUGCAUUUCGGCACCAACUUCGUCAGUUGUUCCAGCACCAACUUCUUCAUCUGUUCCAGCACCAGUUGUUCCGCCAAUUGGAGCCUAA